CGGCAGAGGGUGGGCCCGGGACCGCUUUCCCGCGAGCGAGCGCCCGGCGCGGCCGCCGGGGAGCGGAGGGGCAGGCUCGGGCAGCUCCCCAGCGGCUCUCGCGGUGAUAAAACGUAAGAAAUAACAAGGAGGGGCGUCUCGGCGUCUCCUGGGUCCAAUCCCAUCUCAGGAGCGAACACGUUCCCGGGCAGGCAAGCGUGAGAGAGGCCGAGGCGACUUAAAGACGAGCAGCGGCGAGAAGCGCUCCUCCCGCGCCGCUGCACCCCCGCGGGCUCUCGCCUCUCGGCACCCCGUGUCCUCCUUCCCCGGCCGCGCGCCCCGAUGGCGGCCUCCGGGCCCCGGAGCUCCGUGCGCGGAGCCCUCUGCAGGCUGCUGCUGACCCUCGCGGUCUUCAGUUUUGCUUGUGAAGCCUGCAAAAUGGUGACAUUUAAUAUACCUUCUAAACUAGAGGCAGACAAAAUGGUCGGCAGAGUUAAUUUGAAAGAGUGCCUUGGGUCUGCAGACCUCAUCCAGUCCAGUGACCCUGAUUUCCAAGUUCUAGAUGAUGGGUCGGUAUACACGGCCAGUGCUGUUGAGUUUGAUGAGAAAAGAUCAUUCACCAUAUCGCUUUCUGAUACGAAGAAACAGACACAGAAAGAGAUACCUGUGCUCCUGGAACAUCAGAAGAAGGUGCUGAGGAAAAGACAUCCUAAAGAAACUGUUCUCAGGCGUUCCAAGAGGAGAUGGGCACCUAUUCCCUGUUCAAUGCAAGAGAAUUCCUUGGGCCCUUUCCCUCUGCUUCUUCAACAAGUUCAAUCUGAUGCAGCACAGAACUAUACCAUCUUCUACUCAAUAAGUGGGCGUGGAGUUGACCAAGAACCUUUAAAUUUGUUUUUCAUAGAAAAAGACACUGGAAAUCUGUAUUGUACUCGGCCUGUGGAUCGUGAAGAAUAUGAUGUUUUUGAUUUGAUUGCCUAUGCGUCCACUGCAGAUGGGUACUCAGCAGACUUACCUCUCCCACUGCCCAUCAGAGUGGAGGAUGAAAAUGACAACCACCCUAUUUUCACAGAAGCAGUUUAUAAUUUUGAAGUUCCAGAAAGUAGUAGAAUUGGUACUACAGUGGGCGUGGUUUGUGCCACAGACAGAGACGAACCAGACACGAUGCAUACACGCCUGAAGUAUAGCAUUUUGGAGCAGACGCCAAGGUCACCUGGGCUCUUUUCCGUGCAUCCCAGCACAGGCGUAAUCACCACAGUCUCUCCUUAUCUGAACAGAGAGGUUGUAGACAAGUACUCAUUGAUAAUGAAAGUACAAGACAUGGACGGUCAAUUUUUUGGAUUGAUGAGUACAGCAACUUGUAUCAUAACAGUAAAAGAUUCAAAUGACCAUAUACCCACUUUCAUACAAAAUGCUUAUGAAGCAUCAGUAGAGGAAAAUACAGUCAAUGUGGAAAUCUUACGAACGCCUAUAGAAGAUAAGGAUUUAAUUAACACUGCCAAUUGGAGAGCCAAUUUUACCAUUUUAAAGGGCAAUGAAAAUGGAUAUUUCAAAAUCAGUACAGACAAAGAAACUAAUGAAGGUGUUCUGUGUGUUGUAAAGCCACUGAAUUAUGAAGAAAACCGUCAAGUGAUCCUGGAAAUUGGAGUGAGCAAUGAAGCUCCGUUUACUAGAGAUGUUGCACUCAGAAUGACCACCAUGAGCAGAGCCUUGGUCACAGUUCAUGUGAGGGAUCAGAAUGAAGGGCCUGAAUGCACCCCUGCAGCCCAAUAUGUACGAAUUAAAGAAAACUCAGCAGUCGGGACAAAGAUCAAUGGCUAUAAAGCAUAUGACCCUGAAACUAGAAGUAGCAAAGGCUUAAGGUACAAAAAAUUGCGUGAUCCUAAAGAGUGGAUCAUCAUUGAAGAAUUUUCGGGAUCAAUCACAACUUCCAAAAUUCUGGACAGGGAGGCCAUGACUCCGAGAAAUGACUUAUAUAAUAUUACAGUCCUGGCAAUUGACCAAGAUGGUAGAUCAUGUACUGGAACACUUGUAGUUAACCUUGAAGAUGUGAAUGAUAAUCCACCAGAAAUACCUCAAAAUGACCUAGUAAUUUGCAAACCCAAGAUGGGGUAUACUGACAUUUCAGCUGUCGAUCAUGAUGAACCUAUCCAUGGUGCUCCAUUUUAUUUCAGCUUGGCAAACACUUCUCCAGAAAUCAAUAAAAUAUGGACCCUCACCAAACUUAAUGAUACAGCUGCCCGUCUUUCAUAUCGGAAAAAUGCUGCAUUUCAAGAAUAUAAUGUUCCUAUUACUGUAAAAGAUAGAGCAGGUCAAUCUACGACAAAAACCUUGAGAGUUAAUCUAUGUGACUGUGUUUAUCCAAGUCAAUGUCGGGCGACUUCAAGGAGUGCAGAUGUAAUCCUUGGAAAAUGGGCCAUCCUUGCAAUACUACUGGGUGUGGCAUUACUUUCCUGUGUCUUGCUAACUUUAGUAUGUGGAGUUGUUGGUGUCAGAAAUAAGAAACAUUUUCCUGAAGAUUUAGCACAGCAAAACUUAAUUAUAUCAAACACAGAAGCACCUGGCAAUGAUAAGGUGUGUUCUGGCAAUGAGUUUAUGAUCCAGACAGUCAACAACUCCAGUCAAGGCUUUUGUGGGAUUGUGGGAUCCGGAGUCAAAAAUGGAGGACAGGAAACCAUUGAAAUGACAAAAGGAGGGCACCAGACCUUGGAAUCGUCCUGCGGGGCCGGACAUCAUCACACCCUGGAUUCCUGCAGGGGAGGACACGUGGAGACGGACAACUGCAGAUACACUUGCUCAGAGUGGUAUAAUUACACCCAGUCCCGACUUGGUGAAAAGUUGCAUCUAUGUAAUCAGAGCGAAAACCACAUGCCGUCUCAAGAUUAUGUCCUUUCAUACAACUAUGAAGGAAGAGGAUCUCCAGCUGGUUCUGUAGGUUGCUGCAGUGAAAAGCAGGAGGAAGAUGGCCUUGACUUUUUAAAUAAUUUGGAAGCCAAAUUUACUGCAUUAGCAGAAACAUGCACAAAGAGAUAACGUUGAAGUGCUACAAUUAGGCAUGUCUUUGCCAGACAUUCUGGAGGAUUCCAAAAGGGAUAUCGUAAAAUUCAAUUUCAAUUUCUAAUAUAUAUAUAUGAAUAUAUAUAACAGUUUUUCUAAAUUGUGAAUUGUGCUAUUUACCAAUUUGUAUUUUUAUAGCAAUUUGUUGCUUAUCUUUUCCAGAAGUUUAAAACGUUAAAACGUAUUUUGCCUUUUUUACCACUGAGUAAAAAGACAACUAGCAAAUCUCAUGCUGUAGCGCUGAGUUAAGGCCUAUAAAGGACCUGCUCUCCUUUACAGAUAUUUUCCUAAUAAAUAUGUUGGGUAAAUAUUAGUCCAACAAUAGGUAAGCUGUGCAUGUUUGAAUAUAGCAGAACAGCUAUCUGGGCUAGAAAUUCUCUUCUUGUCCCAGAUUUAGAUUUAAGUGGAAUAGGAUUAUAUCAAACACUAUGACAAAUGAUGUUGGAUGUUUUAGUUCUAAAAAGUAAGUAGCACCUAGUCAGUAGCCCCUAAGACUACUAGAAUUUUGUUUUCAUUCUGGUUAGCAACAAGAUCAUGAAGAGUAGUCUUAUCUACUUGAUUGCUCUAGUAGGGUCUCAAAAAUACAUAGCCACAACUUGAAACUAUACUAAGAAAGUGUAGACCGAAAAUUUGUGUUGUUUUUAUGUUUUUGAAAGUGUGUUUUAUGGUUUACAAAACGAUUAUUAUGAGGAAUAUGUCUGUUUCCUUAUUCUCAAAAAACAAAACUAUAUUCACCAUACAGAGAGUUAUUGCCAAUAUUUUAAAUGGAAAAAUACUAAGAUCUUCUAUUGAGAUUGUAAUCACAAGUCUUAACAUUUUUUCUCCCUGAGAUUCACGACUGCUGUUGAUAACUCGCCUGUAAUGAAAAUUAUGCUGAGAAAAAGCUGCUUUUCUUCUCUGGGAUAUUGUACUUUCAUAUUUUCAUUUGUGAGCUUAGCACGUAUGACUUUAUUUUCUCUCAGUGGUAGUCAUUUGCGAUUAGAGUAUGUUGUCUUGAGGUGGAUGUGGUUAUGCUAUGUAGUCUGAAUAAACAAACUCCCAUGAUAGUUAUGGGUAGCAACGAGGGAUAAGCGUGCAUUUCCAUUCACUAUCAUUAUCAAAUAAAAUAUAUUGCUCCUUAUUAAGCACGUAAAUAUUACAAAAUGCUGUAAAGAACCAAAAGAAUGUAGUGAAACUUAACCCCUAGGUGCAAUUUAAUACCUUCCAAGAUAUUGCUUAAAUUUCGUGCUUUUCAAAUUUGUUCAUGCGAUAGAACCCCUGGAAGGCCUUGCAAAAUACCCCAUAGCAAUGCUGUUUAAACUCAAAAUAACUAAUAUCUAAUCUUAUGAUAAAUCUAAUAUCACAUUAUCGUAUACUCAUUUCAAGUGACAGUAUAAAAAAUAGACAACAAAUAUUUGGUAUCACCAGUUGAAGAAGAUUUUGGAAGAGAAACAAUUAAGACUAAAUUAACAUAAAAAUUUUGCAGCUAUAAAGAAUUGAGACUUGUUCCCUAACCCCUCACCCCACCCCCAAAAAUUUGACUUUGGAGGCUGAAUUUAUUGAGCUAGCCCAUGAAGUGGCAAUGUUCUGUAAGAAUGUAGUUUGAACUGACUGUAUGUACACACAUACACAUAUGUGACAAUCAAUGCAACAUUUAAAAUGAAAUGAAAAACAAAGGAGAUGAUAAUCAUUUAAAAUGAGGCUGGAGUCUGUCCUACAAUGGAAAUAGAGUGUUUAAAAAAGAGAGAGCCUCUCAUGCUUAGUUCUUAUGUGUUGCAUGAUGACUAAGAAUAGCAGGAAAUACUUCAUGUACAUUUGUGUAAUUUGUUUAAGACUGCAUACAGCUAAUUAAACUUUUUUGGUUUCAGUGGAAAGAAAAGAGGGAACCAGGUGGAGCAGUAGAUUUGCCUUGCAGUCUAUUUCUGCAUCCACAAAUUGGGUGCAAACUGGUGAAUGGCUAUCACAGCUGGGGUUUCCUGACCUCUGGUGGCUAGGUUCCAGAGAUGAAAUGUUUUUUCUUGGAGCUAUUACUAAAAACUUUAUGUAAGCUAAUUCUGGUGAAAAUAAAUCAUCUAUCACCAUUUUCUUUCUCUCUCCUACCAAGCAACAUUUUAAAAAAAUUUAGAGCCAAAUAACCAUGUCCUCUUGGUCAGAUUUUAGAGGAUAAAGGGAGCUGAGGGGGGGCAAAUCUUAUUGAAAGGAUUGAGUGGGGCCUGACUGUCUUAAGACCGAAGCCCACAAACCUGUCACCGUUUGCACUGUGUUCUAAUCAGAGCCUGGGAACUGUAAAAUGUCAUUUUCAUACUCACUGCUCUGUUUUUUUUUAUUUUUUAUUUUUGUGAGGAAGAUCAGCCCUGAGCUAAUAUCUGCCAAUCCUCCUCUUUUUUUUUUGCUGAGGAAGACUGGCCCUAGGCUAACAUCCAUGCCCAUCUUCCUCUACUUUAUAUGGGAUGCCGCCACAGCAUGGCUUGACAAGCGGUGUGUUGGUGCAUGCCCAGGAUCUGAACCGGCGGACCCUGG